AUGCCACAAUACAAUACGACUACUCUGGCCCUUAAUUCUGCUCCUAAUAGGAAAGUUGAAAAGCCUAUAAACCGUUGGUACCAUUGGUACGAGCCGGGGACCAGCAAGGAGGAAAAAUGGUUGAUUUUCAAGCUUGACUUCUUCAUUUUGUUGUAUACUUGUUUGACCUUUUUCGUGAAAUACCUGGAUCAAACCAACAUUACCAAUGCCUAUGUGUCAGGCAUGAAAGAGGAUCUAAAACUCAAUGGAAACGAGCUAAACUGGUUUACUACUUAUUUUAAUAUAGGCAUUAUUGUUGGAGGACCGUUCUGUACUUUGGCCCUAACAGUGGUUCAACCACGAUAUUGGCUGCCGGCCUGUACUGUUGCCUGGUCAUUCUUUGUCUUAUUCAUCUACAAAGCUGAAUCUGCAAAGACGGUCUAUACCUUACGAUUUUUUGCCGGUCUCUUCGAGUCAGGAGCGAUGCCGGGUGCCUUCUAUAUUAUUGGAAGCUGGUAUCGUUCAUCUGAGAUCAAUCGUCGGACUACUCUUUUGGUGUUCUCCUCUGUCGGAGGACAGAUGUUCUCCGGAUACAUUCAAGCAGGCCUGUACCAUAACAUGAACCAUCACCUUGGUUUAGCCGCGUGGCGCUGGCUCUUUAUUUUUGAUUUUAUCAUUGGCAUACCAGUUGCAUUAUUUGGAUUCUUCUGUUGCCCUGACGAGCCGAAAUCUUCAAGAAUGUGGUGGAUUACCGAAAAGGAACGUCAGAUGUCUAUCGAGCGCAUUGCAGAAGAGAAGCGUGAUGCUAUGGAAUCCACUUGGAACCUUCAAACUGUGAAGAGGCUUCUCUCCUGCUGGCAGCUUUAUGCUUUCUGCAUCUCCUGGGUGGUUAUGGAGCUGACGUGUGCAGUCAAUCUGCAACGGUGGAUGACUCUAUACCUAAAGUCACUCAAAGUCAAUGGUCAUUACAAGUAUAGCACUGAGAAAAUUAACGCCCUUCCAACGAUUAUUGGAUGCGCAGAGCUGGUCUGGAUGAUACUUAGUGCUACUUUGGUGGACAAAUACCAGACUCCUGCCUUAGUCUUCUUAGGGCUAGGAUUAGUGCAAUUAUUUGCCUAUAUUGUGUUUCUUGUUUGGUCCACCAAUGAUGCGUUCAUGAUGGCAGUCUACUAUCUCUGCAGUGCGUACGGUGCCAUUCCACCUUUGAUAAGUGCCUCAUUGAAUUUGAGCUGUGGUGGUGACAAGCAAUUACGUGCUCUCACUGCAUCUCUCAUGGUUUCAGCUGGAUAUGCUGUUGGAAUCCCAACUCAACAAUAUAUUUUCCCUACCUCUGAAGCCCCACGAUUCCGAAAGACCCAUGGGUAUGUCUUUGGCGUCGUGUGGGUCAUAAUAAUGAUCAUAUGGUUAGGCGGGAUACUGCCGCUCAUUGCACGAUAUUUUGAAAAGCGCGAGCGCUCAUUAUACAAUUUACCUAAUUAUGAGCUAGGUAUGGAGUACAGAGAUGGCGUUAAAAGUGUUGAUAAUGUGGCGUUCUCUGGUGCCUACUUUAUACGUAUUGUUGGGUUUGCAGUUAUGGCAUAUGUGUCAUGUCACGGUGGUAAUAGUUAG